UUUUGAGGCGUGCAUUGGCGCUGUAAUCACAAAAUCAAAAUCUCCAAACCCAAACCACUUCUUCUUCUUCCUUUUCCUCUAUCUUCAUGGAACUUUCUUCUUCUAACAACUAUUUCCUUCUUCUGACUUCAACCCACUUGACUUCUCACCUCCCUUUCCGCCAUUGACGCUUUCCUCCUCCUUUUUCUUUUCUCUCCCAAUUCAGAAUUCAUGUUUUCCAAUGCGAUAUCUCUUGCCCAUUUCGGAACUCGGGCAUCUGAUAAAUGAUUUUCCAUUCAAAUUCUUCCACCUUCGACUUUUCUCCGCCAUGCAAAUGUGGAACGACUUCGUCCGAAUUCACCACGCUCCCAAGAUCCCAUACCCUUAGCAACUCCACCUCUCUUUUCUUAUUCGCCAAGAGGAGAAAGCACCUCCUUAUCGCCAGCUUUUCUCAUCGGAGUUUCCGCCGGAAAUCGGGGUUUCACUUUCAGACGCGUGCUGCGGUUUCUACUGAUGCUCCCAAGCCUAAUUUGAGUUCCGAGCUCGUCAAUUCGACCAGAAGGGGUGCCAAAAGAUUCGUGGUCAAGCAAUUAACUGAUGAAUUGGGCGGUGUAGAGUUGUCCGGAGAGGAGUCUUCGAUUCAACUGGGUUCGAAUUUCACUAAUUUCCAGGAAGACCCCAUUGUUGAUAAGCUCAGAACUCAACUGGGAGUCAUACACCCUAUUCCGGCGCCGCCUUUCAAUCGAAACGUCGUCGGAUUGUUCGUCUUCUUUUUCUUCGUCGGCGUCGUUUUCGACAAGCUGUGGACUUCGAGGAGGAAGAAGAAGUUGGUCGGCAAGGAGAGUCGGCUCGGUGCUUGGCCGCAAGUGCCUACCAGCUUCUCAUUGUUCUUGGAGAAAGAUUUGCAGAGGAAAGAGUCAGUGGAAUGGGUGAACAUGGUGCUUGGGAAGUUGUGGAAGGUUUACAGAAGUGGGAUUGAGAAUUGGAUCAUUGGGUUGCUUCAGCCAGUUAUUGAUGAUCUGAAGAAGCCUGAUUAUGUCGAGAGGGUUGAGAUUAGGCAAUUCUCAUUGGGAGAUGAACCACUGUCUGUUAGGAAUGUGGAGAGAAGGACCUCUCGCCGUGCCAAUGAUUUGCAGUAUCAAAUAGGCCUCCGUUAUACUGGUGGUGCACGUAUGCUGCUGAUGCUCUCAUUAAAAUUUGGGAUUCUACCGAUUGUAGUCCCGGUUGGUGUUCGAGACUUUGACAUUGAUGGAGAGCUUUGGGUCAAAUUGAGAUUGAUACCCACAGAGCCAUUUGUAGGGGCUGUUUCGUGGGCUUUUGUUGCACUUCCAAAAAUCAAAUUUGAGUUGUCACCAUUUCGUUUGUUCAAUUUAAUGGAUAUUCCUGUUCUUUCAAUGUUUUUGAAAAAACUUCUCACUGAGGAUUUGCCACGGCUAUUUGUACGACCAAAGAAGAUUGUUUUAGAUUUCCAAAAAGGUAAAGCAGUUGGCCCAGAUGCAAAUGAUUCAAAAUCUGGAGAGACAGAAGGAAUAAAGCCAGGAGAGCAAGAAGGAAAUAAGGAUUUUGUUGGAGAGCUAUCAGUGACUCUUGUCGAUGCCAGGAAGCUUUUUGUUCUUUAUGGUAAAACUGACCCGUAUGUUACUCUAAGCCUUGGGGAUCAAGUAAUCCGUAGUAAGAAAAACAGCCAAACUACCGUCAUUGGGCCCCCUGGUGAGCCAAUCUGGAACCAGGAUUUUCAUAUGUUUGUUACAAACCCUAGAAAGCAAAAGUUAUUCAUACAAGUAAAGGAUUCUCUUGGAUUUGCAGAUUUGACAAUUGGCACAGGAGAGGUUGAUCUUGGAUCCCUUAAAGAUACUGUACCAACAGACAGAAUUGUGGUAUUACAAGGUGGUUGGGGACUGUUUAGGAAGGGCUCUUCUGGAGAAAUUCUACUUCGAUUAACGUAUAAAGCAUAUGUUGAGGAUGAAGAGGAUGACAGAACCGAGUCAAAAACCAUUGAUAUAGAUGCUUCAGAUUCUGAUGACGACUUGUCUGAGUCUGAUGAGUCAAAUGGAUCUUUUGUAAAAGGUCAAAUAGAGAAUGCUAAAGAAGCUGAAGAGUCAUUUAUGGAUGUUCUAGCUGCUUUAAUUGUGAGUGAAGAGUUUAGAGGAAUAGUUGCAUCUGAAACUGGAAUUACCAAAUUAUUGGAUGACACGCCAAGUACAGGAUCAACUUUACCUAGAUCAGGCAUACGUGAUGCUGAGUCAGUUUCUCAAAUUCCUACUAACAGUUCAGAAGUUUCUCGAGGGUUGGCUUUGUUCUGGCUUGCUGUUGCUACAAGUGUAUCUAUACUAAUUUCUAUCAACAUUGGUGGUUCAAGUCUUUUCAAUCCUUAAUGUUUGCCAAUAGUGCCAGGGAAGUACUGAUUUUAGUGCUUUUCUUCGAUCAAGUGUGCUCGGCAACAAUCGCUGAAGCAAUAAAAUUUCAGGAUAGGUCAACUCGCCAAAGAAAUGGUUUUGCAUUGAAUCCUAGCAUCAUUCCAACCUGUAAAUUUGUAGUUUUCUAGCAGAGGAAUGUAUUGUUGGCGGCAUAAAUUUUUUGCUUUUGAGUUAUAUAUAGCAAGUGGAAAUCAAUCUACAAUUUUAGUUUCUGUUUAUAAAAAUCCCUCUAAUCUAUAUAUGGUUUUUUAGCCUCAAAAUCAAUUUAUUUUGGAGGCAACCAAAAUAUUUAUAAGGGGUUCUAAACAACCCUAACAUAGGUUUUAAUAUUCUGAAAAAUUGUAAAUGUAUAGUUGUCAAAUCAAAUGUGAGGAGUGUUAAACAAUAUUUCAACAAUAAUUAUAAACUUGUCUAUUGUUAUUAUUUAUGGAAUGUGGGACAAAUAAUAUUGAGUUUAUUUUUUAAAUAAAAGCAAUAAUUUGGUCAA